AUGGCAGCCUCGCCUGCGCCGGAUUCCCCGCUCGAUAGCGAGAUCGCGCGUAUGCACGAGCAGAUUGAAUCUCUUGAGCGCCGUCGUUCCAUCCUCUCUUCCACGCUCCUUUCUUCUCAGAACACCCUCUCGCGCAUCCAACGCGCCAAUACUGGAUCCCACCCAUCUGCGACCGGCGCGUUGGCUGCCAUCGAAAAGCAGCAGAGGCACAACUUGGAAAAUCUACACCGCACUUGUGCUGGUGCCACUGCCUUCCGCGUCAAAGACCCUGACCCCUGCGCCGUCGACGAUGGCAGGAUCCUCGGCGUGCGCAUCGAGGUCUCUGUGAAGGGACGGUUCGCCGCUCCCUACUACCUGCUUUUGAAUCGGUCGUCUUCAGGGAGUGAGAAUCUGCGCAUCCACAAACACACCAUUCCGCCAUGCAUUCCGCUGCACGGUUACGCCGCAAAAUAUCUUCCGCAGCAAGACCAACCCCAGGAUUUACACCGUCUGGUGCGGGAGCUGCGCCAGGAAUUGGUUUCUCACCACUUGCGUCUGAAUGCGGUCGGUAAGCUCAGGAAGGAUGCGGGACUGCCGGAAGAUGCCGAAGGUGCAUCUAGGAAGAGAAAGCGAGGCAAAGAUGUCAUAGUCGAUGUCAGGGCUUUGGAUGUGGGAGCAAAGGAAAUUGAGAUCAAUCUGGCGGAUUCGACCACAGUGCGGGUCUUGUUGUCAAAAAGAGGAGUUGUUGAAAAGGCUGUGGCAAGGAACUCGGAUGGGAUCGGGCGUGUGAGGGCGGUUGAGAGGGCGCUUUUGGCAGGAGAUCGCCGUGUGGAGGGCAUCGUGGAGCGUUUGACGAAGUUGCAAGACGUGGAUUCAAGAUCACCGAGAAGGCCACAGAACACUUACGAAACUGCAUGA